UUAGUUAGCUUCCAACGGCUGGACGGUUACGAUCAUUCAUUCAAAUUGAAUAAAAUUUGACUCGUCAAUCAUUUUGCAUAUCGCUUAAAUUCAUAAUGUGCUUGACCAAGGCAACUGAACGAGAUGAGGUAUCCUUGCAGUUCUGGAAUAUUAUUGACCCAAGAUUGCUUGAAGAAGAGGAAGAAGAUAUUUACGACAUGUCAUCUAACAACCUGUUGGUGGAAUCUGCUAAACUGGCGAAUAGCGUUCUUGUUUCGCCAACAAUAUCAAUCCGUCAGGUUGGAAAGAAGAUAAGGAAAUCGACACAAAAAAUGUUGGAUACAAUUAAAUUAAUCAACAAUCGGCAAAAUGACGACUAUAUCCUGAAAUUUUCUACAAAGACGGGGGCGGAUAAACUGGCUGAUAUCGCAGCUUUGCCCGAUGGAGAGUUCAAAGACGCUUUGAAGUUAUAUAAAGAUCAGUUAAGAGUUCAGGACCUUGUUGUAGCACUGCUGCGCCAACUAAACGAAGAUUCAGCGGAUUUGAAAGAAAUCUUGAUGGCGAACAACGCUCCAGCUUAACGGUUUGACAUUUUUGCAAAUUGAUCCAUUCUGCUAUAAAUUUUUCAGUCAUGCAGAUGAUAAAAAUGUACCUAUGCGAUUAUGAUGUAAUAUAAUUACUAAAUGUAGCAAAACCGUAAGUUCGAUUUAUAUUAUUGAAGAGCAGCUUCACAAUUCAGCAAUAAAAACUUCAAUGCACCUCGUCAAUUACAAAC